UUUAAAAUGGCGAGCGAAAUUUUCGAAGGCGAAAGUUUGAGCCUAGAACUAACUAGUUUUCUGGACAAAAAUGUUGGAACCGAGAAAUCGUCGGCAGCUUCUAUUAAAUCUCUUCUUCAAGAUGUUUUAAAGAAGAAGAAAUGUUUGGAAACGGAGUUGCAAGAGGCCCGGAGUAGAACACCAGAUAAGAUUCAGGAUGUACUUGACAAAGGUUGUUCAGCAGUUAAUGAAAUAAAAAAUCUUCAGCAACAACAUGAACAGCUUACAUCUAGAGUUGACAGCCAUCUCAAGAAACUUCACCCCCUUGCAGAGCAUUUGUCCAGUUUAGUGAGUCAAAUUGCAGAGGUUGAGAGAUUCCGAGCAUACGUGAGUUGGAUACAAAAGAUUGAAUCUGUCAGUUGUCGGAUUCAUCAGUUUGUUGAAGCUGGGCAGUUGAACUGGGCAGUGGAACAGUUGUCAGUGCUGUCUGAGCUUGCACAGUUACUCAGUGAAUCAGCCUGCUGUAAUUUGACCAAGUUUGUGAAGGAAAUGCAGUUACAUUGGCGAAACAUUCUUCUUAAUAAGCUAGCAAGUGAAUUUGAUGAAAUCAUGAAAGCUCUGAAAUGGCCUUUUACUGCUCUCUCUACUGCACCUCCAUUAUCUACAACAUCUGAUGAUUACAGCAGACUAGAAACUGUGUUCAUACUUUUGCUCAAAUUACAAAAGUUUAAAGAAAUAUCUACAGGAAAUACUUCUCUUGAUGAAAACAAAAGUGAAAUACUUCUGCCACUUGACUGGCUUUUAAAGCCCUUUAGAAAGAGAUUUCGCUUUCACUUUUAUGGGAAUAAACAAACAAACAACCCUCAAAAGCCUGAAUGGUAUUUUACACAAGUUUUAAAUUGGAUAAAGAACCAUAGUGACUUUUUAGAACACACAAUUCAACCCAUUCUUCAAAGGACAGAAUAUGAUUUUGUUUGUGCCAAGACUGAGUUUAUAUCUGGGCUAUUAAAAGUUGUAGUGGAGAAGUUGGAGCACAGCAUCCCAUUUAUAAUCGAUGAUGAUGGCUCUUUUUCUCACUUUGUGGAUGAAUUGUUAUUAUUCAACAAAGAACUUCAUGUGGCUCACAAUUACAGCUCUACUGAGUAUGUCUGUUUGCAUGUCCUCACCACAGAAGCUUGCUUGCAGAGAUGGGUACAUUUAGAAAGAAGCUAUGCUGAGUCAAACAUGAAUUCAAUUCUGUCCUCCUCGUCAGCAUGGACACCCAAAUAUAAAGAGGUUGGUGAUGUAGAUGACACACGGACCCCUGAGUGUGCAGAAGGGUUCAUCACCCUUCUCUCUGUUAUAACAGAUCGAUAUAGAAAUUUACCAAAUGUGAAACAUCAGGAGCGGUUUCUAGAAGUCCAGCUGUUUCUUCUAGAAAGUUUUAUCUCCAGGUUGAAGCUGGAGGCAGGAGAAACAUCAUCUGCACCUGCUGGACUGCAUUACUGUUCAGUUCUCAAUACUGCUAAUUAUGUUAACCUGAUACUUCAAGAGUGGAGUGAGCAAAUGCUUUUCCUCAAACUCUGUGAACAUCGCAAUCAAUCUAAUGGCUAUGUAAAGUCUGGUGAUAGUUUAGGCAUGGAAAACCAUGAGGAAGACACUGAAGUCUUUCAAGAACGAGGGAUUCUUUCAAUGAGAAGUGUAUUUGAAGAAGUGACACAAUCUUUACUAGAUUUACAGGAACAUAUGAUCAGUGAUCUUGUAAAGCAUGUUGUACAAGGAUUUAGGAUGCUGAGUAAACCUUACAAAAAAGAAAAAUGGCACACAUUUCCAUCUCCAAAGGAUGUUAUUCUUCUCACCCUGUCCUCCUCGGCAUGUGAGAUGUUAUUGUUCUUAAAAGGAAGGUUUCAAAUUCUGCGGGAACAGCUUGCAAGCACUAUUUUCAGUGUGAUAUGGAAAAAUCUUGCAAAGGCUCUUAACAAGUUUAUAUACAAUGAGAUUAUCCUAGAGUGUCAUUUCAAUGAAGGAGGUGCAGCACAGCUACAGUUUGACUUGACAAAAAAUCUUUUCACAUUAUUUUUGGAAUACACACAGAAACCAGAGAAUUUCUUUAAAGAGUAAGUUUCAAAAACAUGACCUACAUUGUUGAAUUAAUGACAGUGAGCAAGUGCUUGCAAUUAAAACAAAUAAAUUCAGUAUUGAGUAAAUGCUAGGGUUGACAAGUAUGUGGAUACAUUAGGGGAUUUGAAAAGGCAGCUUAUGGUUCCCAGGAACUAGUCUACCAAAGAGUAGCUUGUUUUUACAAAAUACCAUAUUCUUCUAGGGAUCAAGAACUCAUUGCCGUGCAGCAAGGUCUUAAUGUUGGAAUAAACUUUCUACUUUUUGAACAAUAAUCAUUGGAUUUUAAAAAUUGUCAGCUUGCUAUUAUUUGAAUCAGUACUGGGAAAAUAGAAGCAUCAGGCUCAUGGUUUAAAAAGGAACUCAAAGAAUUACAUGAUAGAUAAUUUUUGCAAUUUGUUAACUUUUAAAUCCUAACUUUGACCGCAGCAUUUUUGUUACAGUAAUACUGGUCAAUCAGUUAUGAGGAUCAUGAGAUUAAAGGAAAUAAUCACCAACCAAUGAAAGUUUAAUGAAAGUUUAAUGAUAUAUUACAAUAUUACAAAAAAU